AUGUCGGAAGCGUUAAAUUUAAAAAAUAUUUGUCGCUGUUGUCAUACGGAGGGUUCCUUCAAACAACUAAAUGAUUCAUAUUUACAUAACGGACAGCAAAAAAUCUAUUCAGAUAUGUUGAAUCAAACAUUUAAUUUAGAAAUAAAACCAGAUCCUGACUUAUCAUACUCUAUAUGUGAAAUAUGCAUUCCAAGAUUAUGUGAUGCAUAUAUCUUCCGUCAUCAAAUUUUGUCAUGCGAACAACUGUUUUAUCAAUACUGUACACAAUUAAAAGGAAUAGAAUUCAGUUACAAAGGUGUAAAAGAUGAAGUUGAAGAAACACUAGAUGAUUUAAAAAAAGAAUCUUUCAAUCAAGAUGAAAAUAGCUGUGAUAUAAAAUAUGAUGAAGCUUCGAUCAGUGACUCCGGAGAUAUUGACGAUCAGCCCCUUUCAACUUUGAGGAGCCAACCUGAGCAGAAUGACUGGAUGUUGCCAAAUAUAGAAGACGCGAAAGUGACGACAGCUAAAAUAAAAAAAUUUAGCUGUAACGUAUGCGAUAAGAAGUUUUCAUACAACGGCUCGUUGGAAGUGCACAUGCGAGUGCACACUGGAGAGAAAACCUACUUGUGUCACAUAUGCAACAGCAAAUAUAGUUUGAACAAGGAACUAAUAAAGCAUAUAACAGCAAAACAUAAUCAAAACGGGUCGUUCCCCUGCACUUUUUGCACUAAAGUGUUUGAAAAGGCGCGAUUUUUGAAAAACCAUCUAACUACCCACUUUGGGGGUGAAAAAUUUAAAUGUAUUCAUUGCGAUAAAGAGUUUCAAAGGAAAAAGGGGUUGAAGGAACAUUUGAAAAUACACACAGGGGAGAGAAAUUUCACUUGUAACAUAUGUAGCAAGUCGUUCGGACAUAACCAAACUUUAAAAUCUCAUAUAUUGACUCAUACGGGUGAAAGGCCGUACGUAUGUGAUGUCUGUGGAAGGAGAUUUCCUCAAAGAACUCAUUUGAAAAGACACAUAUAUAUAAUACACACCGGUGUCAAACCGUACGUUUGUAAAAUAUGCAAUAAACAGUUCUCAAGCAAGAGUUAUCUUUCAAUACACCAAAGGCAGCACACUGGGGAACGACCGUACACUUGUGACGUCUGCAAAAAGGAUUUCACAGCGUAUACAACACUAAAAGUCCACAUGAGGGUGCAUACGGGAUUAAAACCCUACAUAUGUUCGUUUUGUGACCGCCAAUUCGCUCAAAUGGCCAGUUUUAAAUUACACGAACGGACGCACACUGGGGAGCGACCGUUUUCGUGUAAAGUGUGUAAAAAGGCGUUUUCUGAUAAUGGUUACUUGAAAAUUCAUAUGAGGGUGCACACUGGGGAGAAACCGUUCAAUUGUGAGAUAUGCAAACGCUCGUUUAGAGAGACUGGGCAGUUAAAACGACAUAUGCGUGUACAUACUGGUGUUAAACCAUACACUUGUAAAAUAUGUAAUAAACAAAUUGGGAAUUUGUCUAAACACAUGCGUGUACAUUCGGACGAAAGGCCAUUUAAUUGUAAUAUAUGCAACAAACAGUUCUCGAUUAAUGGGAAUUUAAAACUUCAUAUGAGAGUGCACACUGGGGAGAGACCUUUUAGUUGUGAGAUAUGUAAUAGCCAUUUCACUCAAAGUAGCGGUUUAAAAAGACAUAGAUGUACCCAUGGGAAGGGCGAG